AUGGAACUGCUGGAGGGCGAGGGCGACUGGAGUGUGUCCUUCGCGGGAUGCGGCUUCCUGGGCGUCUACCACAUCGGCGCGGCCACCUGCCUGCAGGAGCGCGCCCCUCGCCUCCUCCGCGACGCGCGGUGCAUUUAUGGGGCCUCGGCGGGUGCGCUGGCCGGUGCUGUCCUCAUCGGAGGCGGCUCUCUGGCGCAAGCUUGUGCGGAUGUUCUGGGUCUAGCUAAAGAAGCCAGGAAGCGGAAUCUUGGUCCUCUUCAUCCUUCCUUCAAUGUGAUGAAAAUAAUAAGAGAUGGCCUCUACAAAAAUCUCCCCGAAAACAGUUACAGAUUGUUAUCAGGGAAACUUUCAAUUUCACUAACAAGAGUGUCUGAUGGGGAAAACGUGUUAAUAUCCAAUUUUAAUUCUAAAGAAGAAGUUGUGCAGGCCCUGCUUUGUAGCUCAUUUGUACCUAUAUAUUGUGGGCUCAUUCCACCUUCAUUUAGAGGAGUGCGCUAUGUGGAUGGUGGAUUAAGCGACAAUUUACCUCACCAUAAUUCGAAGAGCACCAUAACGAUUUCUCCUUUCUCUGGGGAAUGUGACAUUUGUCCCAGGGGGAACUCUGCAAACUUCCAUGAGAUGAAUCUAACCAACACAAGCAUUCAGUUUAGCUUAGGAAAUACGUAUCGUUUAAUGCAAGCACUUUUUCCUCCAGAGCCCCAGUUGCUAGCUGAACUCUGUGAACAAGGAUAUUCAGAUGCUCUUAGAUUUUUGAAAAACAACGGUUUUCUGCAAGAAUCAGUUUCUACCGACUUAGCCUUAACCAAGGAGGAAUAUCUAGGAUAUGCACAAAUUUCAGGCUACAGUGAUAAAAAAAAUGCAGCAAAUAAAGAUAAAAAAGAGAUGCAAGAAAAAAAAAUAUUUAUUGAUCAGCUAAGGGCAACAUCUUGGCCAUUGGAUAGGACUAUCUUUGAGAAGCUGCCUCCCAGACUUCAAAAAGCAUUACAAGAGGCUUGUAAAGAAAAAAGUGGACUCUAUACCCAGCUUUCAAAAUUUCUUCCCAUGCGACUAAUGUCCUAUAUGAUGCUGCCAUACACUUUACCAGUUGAGUCAGCCUUCUUUGUGGUCUUAAGAUUAGUCCAGUGGUUUCCUGACAUCCCUGAGGACGUGCGAUGGAUGCAGGGGCAGCUUUUCCAAACGAUGGGUUCAGUCUAUGGCCGAGCAAUGAAGGGGCUUCUGAAGACCCCAAGCAAAGUAAGUGAAAUCUUGCUUAGAAAAUGCCAGACGGCCCCAGGGGAGCCUUGCCAUCAUCUGUCCUACUCAUCUCCUAAAGCGUCUCGCUCUUCCCCCAAUCUUGAAGAAUGGCUCUGGGGUCUCCCCUAUUGCGAAGACUUGGCGAAGGAGAAGGGUGCAGUUGGUCAUUCCGAAAUCUCUGGGUCCAUCGCUUCCUUUUUCAUGGACACUGAAACCUCUGGAGUAUCUACGGAUGUUGACUCUUCUUCCGAGAAAAGCUUUUACUCUGUCCCUGAAGACUAG